AUGGCGGCCAACAACGCUGAUGAAUCCCCCCUGGGAUUCGCCGGCGACAUCGACGGCGGCACCUCCUCCUUCCGGCUAUCAUCAGGACAACAACCCCCACCUUCGCUUGGCAACGCCGGCCCCGCCACCAGCUCGGCCUUUCCCGUCCAGGUGGGUCGUCUCCCGCCGCCCUCCCCGCAGGACCGGGGCCUAGUCGGUGGAGGCGUUUUGCUGGAAGAGGCCGAAGCGGGGCGGACCGUCGUGACGUGGCGGGCGCAGGAGUCGGGGCUCUGGCUGGAGGAGCGAGGGUUGGACGACGACCUCGAGGGGGGCGGGUUACACCUGCAGCUGCAAGGUGCGGGCACUCAUUGCCGUGCACGCCGUAGUCGUUUUGACCAUUGA